GUACUAGUUAGGGAGCAUAGUCGGUUUGGGACACAGCCGCGGACUACAAGCGCGUCACAGCCUGUUGUUACAUCCCACAAUUCAGCGCGUUCGCCAGCCUUUCGGGAGGACGUAAGGACCUUUGAGGCCUCAGAGCUCUGAGAUCUUCUCCAUUGCUGAAACUAGUCUGAGAGAUGGCAGACGUCAUCGAAGACAAAAUCAAGAGCUACAGAACGGCUCCGUUCGAUGCCCGCUUCCCCAACACCAACCAGACACGGAACUGUUUCCAGAACUACCUCGACUUCCACAGGUGUAAUAAGGCUUUGUCGGCGAAAGGUCAGGAGACGUCUCCAUGUGACUGGUACCAGAGAGUCUACAAGAGCCUGUGCCCCAUCAGCUGGGUGGAGAAGUGGGAUGGGCAGGUCCAGGAUGGAAGCUUCCCUGGAAAAAUCUGAAGGGGUAGCAGCACCACCUUUCAUCUUACAACUCCUGACCUUUUGUAGAUCAUCUUAAUUUAACCAUGUGUCGCUUUGUGAGUUGAACCCUGAGGGCACGACCUGAAUAUGACAUCUUGUGACCUUUGUGACCUUUUUGACCUACACUACUCUCAGGUCUGCAGCGUUCAGCCGUGUGUUGCUCUGCUUCUUAUUUCCAUUGUUACAUAAUAAAGGCGCACAGUGUUAACUUAC